AUGGAGAUUCCAUUGUCCUGCUCGUGUAAAUGCAAGAAGACCUGCAUAGCCGACGAGACAAAUAACCCAGAACAACCAGAUCAGAACAACCAGAUCAGAACAACCAAUCAGCGUAGGAUUCCAUUGUCCUGCUCGUGUAAAUGCAAGAAGACCUGCAUAGCCGACGAGACAAAUAACCCAGAACACCCAGAAAACUAUGGAAUCGGACCCACUGACGACCGAGCACCGUCACCGGAAAGGUGUGGAGCCGAAUCCGUUCAGCCGAAUCCAUCACCAGUACGAGAAAGUUGCGAAACGCCACAGAAUAAUCGCGAAACGAUACCGGAAUGUCAGGAAAUAUACUUGAAAUCCACGCAACCCAGUGGAAUCGACAACGAACUUGGUUUGAACAAGGAGCAAACGGUGGCUAUUAGCCAACGUCAGCAAUGUUCCGAAAAUUCAGCGAUUCUUCCCUUUCGUCAUCGGUUCGACGAAAUAACAUCAGUGGCUUUUGAAGAAAAUGAAUUGACGGAUGAAGAAAACUAUGGAAUCGGACCCACUGACAACCAAGCACCGUCACCGGAAAUGUGUGGAGCUAAAUUCAUUCAGCCAAAUCCAUCACCAAUACGAGAAAGUUGCGAAACCAUACCAGAAUGUCAGGAAAUAUACCUGAAAACCACGCAAUUUAGUCGAAUCGACAACGAACUUGGUUUGAACAAGGAGCAAACGGUGGCUAGCCAACGUUGUUGGCAAAAUUCAGCGAUUAUUCCCUUUCGUCAUCGGUUCGACGAACUUACAUCAAUGGCUUUUGAAGAAAAUGAAUUGAUGGAUGAUGACUCAAAGGAAGAAGAAAGCAUCCAAGAGAGUGCGUGUAAUAAUUUCAGCGAAAAAAUUUGGACUUUAAGACAGUCUCCAAAGUUGAAAAAAUAUCGACCUCCGACUUUUAAACCUACUAGACAAAGAACUACCCAGCUAUGGAGUGAAACAUGGGGUAAAAAAACAGCUUUAUCGCUGACUCCCCAAGAAUUGAAUAGACAAGAAUCAAUCAAUGAAAUAUUGCAAGGCGAGAUCCAUUUUAUCGAAGAUCUCCUGAUGAUACAAACGGUUUAUCACCAAUCACUGGUACACCUUGGCUACAUUUCCCGUAGUGAGGCAAACCUAAUAUUCGGUUGGAUCCCGACGUUUAUCUCAAUCCACACAGAGUUUAGAGACAGAAUUUUAAAAGCAUUAGGACCAAAUAGCUGUUUCACAUACUUUGGUACGUCCGUCCAAGAAUGGAUUCCUAAUCUCAAAAUCUAUUCAUCCUAUUGUUAUCAGCUGAUUGAAGUUAAAAAGCUGCUAGACGAAAAAAAGAACUCUGAUCCUCUAUUUGAGGAUUUCCUCAGACGUUGUCUGGAGUCCAGCUUUUCACGGCGUUUGGAUCUGUGGAGCUACCUGGACGCUCCCAGAUCCCGUUUAAUGAAAUAUCCCCUCCUAUUGACCCAGACACAAAAGUUUGGAAAAAACAACCACAAUGAAUUCAAGGCACUUGAACAAGCUCUUCAAAUGCUUCGCGAUGUUCUAGACCAAGUAGACAGAUCAACGGGACUUGCAAUAUGCAAACAGGUAAUCGAUAAAAUUGAUUUGCCUGAGGAAAUGACUACAGUUUUUGAAGAUGCCAACACUGUUAUGUGUAGAGGAGAACUCGAGACCUGUCAAGGGAUCAAGCUUCAAUGCUUUCUGUUCAACAGUGGGCUGGUCCUCACCAGAGCUGAUUCCAGGGGGCGCCUAAAUCUCUACGGGAAUCCCUUUGAAGCAGGACACUUCAAAAUAGUUGAUUUAGGGAGCGAGGUCCAACAAAAAACUAACAGAAGCAAACUUCAAACGAGGUAUUUACUUCGAGUCGAUACACCGUCGGAAAGUAUCACAUUGGUCACUCUCGACGAAACCAAUAAGAAAAGGUGGAUGACUAGUCUUUCUACAGUCGUGAACGGAAAGGUCUAG